CUUUUCCCAACACUUCCCGCCAGGCGAUACCCCCAACUCGUUUCGAGCCCAAUCGACCACCAUCCUCGGCGCAAGGUUUCCUACUAGGUAACAGCAAAAGGCAACUCGCCAGUACCUGGGAGAGACAAUCAGAGCUUCGGCGGCAAGAUCACCUGGCCUGGCGCGUGAAGUCAUGGGUCUCUUGUCGAGCCUUGUGAACGCAUUCCGCAAAUCGAGAAGAGAUGGACAUGACGAGCUUGACUCGUCGCGGCAUGAGCGAGCAGCACAGGGUAGACAUCGCGGCAACGACGCAGGCAGAGGUGUAGACAUUGAGAUGGGCCGAGCAGGCGAGCAGAUCUUCGAAAGCGGCAGAAGCCAGAGACAGAGUCUGUCGCGGACGAAGUCAUUACGCGGAAGCAAUAAGCGACGAAGUUGGUUCGGAGGCCGGGCUGAUGCGGACGACGACAUUCCUGCUGUGCCAGCCAUUGCCCGAAACCAACAGGUCAAUGCCAAUGGCCAGCCACGACAUGUUCAAAUUCAAACUGGGUACGAGUUCAGGGGGUCGUGGUUCCUGAACAACCGCCAACAGGAUGCCGGCGCAGUUGCGGAUCUGCCGACACUCCCCGCCAUGCCCGUCACGGUCGUUCACUCUACCCAGCCAGCCACCGCCGCUCUUCCCACUGGUCAACAGCGAGCCCGCAGGGCUUCGAUGAAGUCUCAAUACAGUGUAGCUCGAUCUACUAGAUCAAAGAGCAAGUCCAACUCGUUCUGGGCGUCCUCGAACCCCGACGAUUCCGACGCAGAGAACGUUCCUCCAGUCCCGGCACUCGUUCGAGACGACGACAACAGCCCAGACGAGUCGUUCGAGAGUUUCCGGCACGAUGCCGCGCGGGGCAGGAGCGGAAAGCCUGCUGGAGCAAAGGGCACUCGACCAGUCAGCACCACUUCGCGAAAGUCCUACAGACCAAAAUCCGCGGCGUCGGGCUUUUUGAAGUCGACGAACGGCGCGACUGAGUCGCAAAGGAGGAGCUACAGGAAUUCAUUCAAGCUGGUAGACGGAUCGGACAUGGUCUGCUUGACCGACGACCAGCGCGUGGCGUGGGCACAACUGAUGAACGAGGGAGCCGUGUUUGAUGACAAGGAUGAUGAGGAUGGCAAGGUCGAGGUCAGUCAGCCGAAGGACAGACAUUCGAAUGCUGAGGCUUUGGCUGCUUUGGAAUUUGGCUCGCCGCGGUAG